AUGGUGGGCCCCGGCGUGGUGGGGGGCUGCGGCGGGGGGCUCUCAGCCCGCCUGGGCUGCUCCGUCAGCGAGCGGGACGUGGGCAGGGGAGAGACCUUCAGCGCCGAGUGGCUGGACCUGGAGCUCAGCACCCGGCCCGAGGAGCGGUGGUGCCGGCGGGAGGUGGACACGGCGCGCCGGGAGUCGCUGGAGCAGCGCGGGGCCGUGCGGGUCCUGCAGCAGCGCUCGCCCUGGGGGCUGCUCCGGGUGGGGGUCCUGGGGCAACCCCUGACCCAGCACCUCCUGCCCUACUCCCGCACCUUCCCCGUGCCCCUCUUCGCCCCCCCAGACCUCCGCGGAGCCAAGGGGGGACUCCCCCGGACCCUCUCCCGCUCCCUCUCCCACGAGGCCCAGCGGGGCUGAGCGGGGACGGGGGACGGG